CACGAGCGGAUUAGACUAGCCUGCGCAAGGAGACGGGAGUUGGGGUCGGUCGGGCUCGCUCGGGAUGGACGAGGACAUACUGACCACGCUGAAGAUCCUCAUCAUCGGCGAGAGCGGCGUCGGCAAGUCCAGCCUUUUAUUGCGGUUCACAGAUGAUACAUUUGACCCAGAACUUGCAGCAACAAUUGGUGUUGACUUCAAGGUGAAAACAAUUUCAGUUGAUGGAAAUAAAGCUAAACUGGCAAUAUGGGAUACUGCAGGUCAGGAGCGGUUCAGAACAUUAACGCCCAGCUAUUAUAGAGGAGCACAGGGUGUUAUCCUAGUUUAUGAUGUCACAAGAAGAGACACCUUUGUCAAACUGGACAAUUGGCUAAAUGAAUUGGAGACAUACUGCACAAGGAAUGACAUAGUUAAAAUGUUAGUUGGAAACAAGAUUGAUAAGGAAAACCGUGCAGUUGACAGGAAUGAAGGUCUCAAAUUUGCAAGAAAACAUUCCAUGUUGUUCAUAGAGGCAAGUGCAAAAACAUGUGAUGGUGUACAGUGUGCCUUUGAAGAACUUGUUGAAAAAAUCAUUCAGACUCCUGGACUGUGGGAAAGUGAGAGCCAAAACCGAGGCGUAAAGUUAUCAAACCAGGAAGAAGGCUAUGGAGGAAGAGCCUGUGGUGGAUACUGCUCUAUGUUAUAAACUCUGGGAAGGUUAUCCUCUUGCAUAUUUAAACAGAUAGCGUCACCUUUCUGUAAAUUCAUUAACUGCUAUUUUUAGGGACCUUGCAGUUUGCACAUAUUUGUUUUGUAUCAUGGCGGUGAACAUUUGUAGGAAAACGUGCUCAGCAGCUUUCCCAGUUGAAAAAUGUUAUGGUAAGCAUGCCCAACUUGCAAUCUUCAGGUUUUUUAUAUGUAGCAUAAAAUAGUGUGCAAGAACAAAUGCACUCAAAUUUUAUGACCUUAUACAUUUAUCAUGUAACUACUCUUUAAAAAAUAUCCAUCUAACAAAUAUACAUUGCUGCAUUCUGUC